AUGAAUGAAGGAAAUUAUUUGCACGUUUUUAUGGUGACUGAUUCUAAGGUCCCAACUUUUCCAUAUUCUAUCAAGUCUAAAAGAAAAAAAGUUUGUAGACCACCAAAUUCUUUUAUUCUAUAUAGAGCUUAUCACCAUUCUAAAGUCUCUCCAAAUUUAACAAAUAAUGAAAAUUCUAAAAUCAUCUCUGAAUGGUGGAAAAAUGAAGAUGAAAUAGUAAAAUUGCAAUGGGAAAAACUUGCCGAUCAAAAGAAGCUUGAGCAUAUGCAACUUCAUCCUGACUAUAAAUAUCGACCUCAAACUGCUAAAAAACAAAAAAAUCGCAAUAAGAAACGUAAUAAUUCGAAUCAAAUUGAAGUUGAACCAACUGUAUGUAAUUCAAAUGUCAUUCCUACUUCUACAUUAUUUAAUUCAACCGGAACAAACAAUAAUGCAAAUUUGUCAAAAGAGCUUUUGGUAAAUUCUCAGGAAUCUGUGCUUACUACGUUUACUACUGAAUACGAAAAAUUACUUAGUUAUCCAACUCUCGAAUACUUAACUCUCCUAUACUUUACAGGAAAUUUACAUGGAUUCCAUAAUAAUUUUUCGUCUCAACUCAUUUACAUAUCCCUAUUUUUUUUGCUAAUAAAUAUAAUUCAGGGUUUACAAGACCUGUUUGUAAAAUAUCAAAUUUGUUGUUUUCCUUAA